AUGAUCAGUAGAUCCAGAACCGCGGCAGAUCAUGCUGCGACUUUAGCGCAGCUCCGCUCCGGCCGCGAGGUGGCAGCAGCACUGCGCCCUGGCGGUGUCACCCUGCCGCAGUACCGCCCCAGCAGCAGACGACGAAGACCACAAAACGCUACACACAAACCUGAGAUGAGGCAGCGGGUCUUCACCGGAGUUGUUACACAGCUACAGGACCAUCAUGGGAUGGUGGACCAGGAGGUGCGCUUUCCUAUAAGUGUUGUUGUAGGGAGGGUGCCCUUGGUUGGUGAAAAGGUGUUGGUGAAAGCAGUCCAGGAUUCUCUGCAGCCUCUCAGCUGGACUGCUCAAAGGGUGCAGGCUCUUAAUGGGCAGCCAUUUAAGUCUCCACCUCCACUGUUACCAUCCAUGUCUGCGAACAUGAAGCCGGGCAUUUUGGGAAACAAACCUCAGCCUCUUCUCAAAUCCCCCAAAAUUCCUCCUCUAAUUCCUACUAUGCAACCAAACCCAGGUGGGAUGCACCAGAUGCCCCAUCACCAGCAGAUGCCGUGGGCGGGGCCGUUUGAUGGUUGGGGCGGGAGCAGGAAAAGGCACGCUGAGCCGGUGGGAGGAAGAAGAGGUGGACGCUGGGAGGAAGGUGGAAGUUCUUGGGGAGGCGACAACACACACCUAAAGAGGCGACGAUGGAAAGCUACUCCUGAAGAAGAAGCACCAAAGAAGAGCAGCCCAGUAGCCACUCAGAGCGUCCCGCUCUUCUCCUGUUUUCCACGAGACAGCCAGGCGUUGGAUAGUCUGGAACUGCAGCGCCGGUAUCCGCACCUCCACGCCCCGCCCUCGCUAUUUCACGUGCAGCUCUGCUGGCCAGAGGGUUUCCCUCCCAGCCAGCCGCUGCCCCUCGCAGGACCAUGCAUUUUCCACGUGGGCACGAGCCAGCCUGAGACGACAAUGGACACUUCUGAGUCCACAGACUCUGCUGACAGCGGCUUUUCUGUUAAGGUGAUGCUGCUGUCGAUGCCUGGGAUCAAGGAGUUCUACUCUCAGUGCUGCGGCUGUUCGGAGGAUGGCCAGGCACGUGGAGCUGCAGUUCACCCGAUAACGCUUUUUAAGUUUCUGUUACUGGAGAAAGCAGGUGAGCUGCAGCUGCCUGGAGGUCAGUGGUCUCCCAAACUGGACGGAGCCAAUCCGUCCAACAAUGUCAGCAGUCUGAUACGCACUGCAGUCCGCUGUGUGAAGGAGCAGACUGCUCUGGACCUUACAGCUUGUACACAGUGGCACAAAAUAGCCGAGCUGAGGCUUCUGAAUGGGGAUAAGACGGAGACGGUGGUGAUCUUGCUGCCAGAUGUGUGGAAUUUGGUACCGACAGCAGAAGAGUGGGCUCAGUCACGGAACGAGCAGGAUGAUGGUUCUCCUCUCCCUGAGGAACCGUCCCUGGUGGUCCAGCCUGCUGAGGGCCUGACGCUGUCGACAGUCUCGCUGGCAACUUUAGUGGACCGGACCAAGGAUGCGUUUGAGGUGUGUCUGGUGGGUGAGCUGUUCAGUGAGAUGCUCCAGAGGGACUUCGGGCUGCAGCUCUACCACUCUCUGUGUCGCCUGCCUGAGGGUCCGAACACCCCGCAUUCCAAAGCCGAGGACAACAGCACCUCCCUGGAGGAGGAGGAGUCAAAACAGACUGACAAGCAGGCGAAAAAGAAAGGAGCUGGCGAUGCCAAGAAAAAGAAAACAAAAGAAGAGGGGAUGGAGGAGGAGGAGAAGAAUGAACAGGAACAGCAACCAGAGAGUCAGAAGGAGAGCAAGAACCAAGCAGCGGGUGAAGGAGAGGCAACUAGUGCUGCAUCAAACAAUCAGCCAAUCAAAGACAAUGAACCGCUGGGCCAUUGUGAAGAGCUGCCCCGCAGGGUGCUCCUCUCCUGGGUGUUUUUUGACAGGCAGCUGACGGGACACUUAAGAGAACAGGACCUGCAGAACAUCCUCCUCUCCCUUGGGCUCUACCUCACGCCUGCUCAGGCCCAGGACCUGGUGAAGAAGACUUUAGUUUUAGGAAAGUGUCAGUACCGUAAACUCUGCUCUCAUUGGACAGACCCAGAAGAGGAGAUCUAUGACCUCAGUGCUGAGGGAAAUAAAGGAUUGUUACCUGCACAGCCCAGUAAAGAGAAAGGCUCCUCCCGUCGGUCGGCCAGCAACGCUAACGCAGAUGUUAUCACCUAUAAAGGAACCGUCCUGAACAUUCCCAACCUGCUGCAGGCCCUCGAGUGCAGCAAGGCAGCGCAGCAGGACCUGGAGAAACGCCUCGCAACUCUGCAGGACACACUCGAGGAGGCAGUGGCAAAGCAUGAAUCUGAACAAGUAGAGCAGCUGAAGAGCAGUUUGGAGAAAGCUGAUGCGCUCAAUAAAGUCUACGAGAAAAGUCUGAAAGAGCACGCGGGUCACAUGCUGGAGGUCAUCGAGAAGAUGCAGAAAAUGGUAGACCAGACGACAGUCCUAACGAGGACGAAGGACACGACCGGAACGAAGGACUAGCAGGCCUAGUGAUCUACUGCGAGAAGCAAGAAGAACAUUUUUAAUUUAUAAAUGUUUUUUGCUAACGUCUUACACUAUGUUUAGAUAUGAAGUUUUAAUGGGAUUGUACAAUUUUAUUGUAUUUUUCCCCCUAAAAUGUUCAUUCUGAACCUCAUCAAUUUGAACCUUAUCCUAAAUGGUAUGACAAGGUCUGAAAAAAAAAUGUAGUUUGUUUUUUUGAUUAGUUUCUUAUAGAACACGUACAGAUGCAUUGCCCUUACCCUCUGUGAAGACUGUGUACGGUAUUGUUCAAUUUUUGUGGUUUACUUUAUAAAUCAAAUUAUUUAUCUUUUCCUUUUUUUAUUCAUAAGAGGGAAGGAGGAUAUGAUAUUAAAACAUCAUGUUUUGGAUCUUG